CUCGCGUCCUCCUUGCCGCCUCCUCCUCCUCCGCCGCCGCCGCCAGCAUGUCUUCCAACUCCAGCCUCAGCACCAUGCAGCGCCUGGUGGAGCAGCUGAAACUGGAGGCCGGCGUGGAGAGGAUCCGGGUCUCUCAGGCAGCUGCAGAGCUUCAGCAGUACUGUAUGCAGAACGCUUGCAAAGAUGCUUUGCUUGUGGGCGUUCCUGCGGGGAGCAACCCAUUUCGAGAGCCGAGGUCCUGUGCGUUGCUCUGAAGACAGGGAAGGUUAUUGAAAAGUUAUCUUCAGACAUGAGAGGAAAUCCUGGCAGCCUUCUUUUCAACAAACACGUCUAUGCCCUUACUUCUGUGUGGCCAAAACAGUAUCUUUAGAUAUUUAUUACUGCUUGACUAUCUUUGUAACUGACUAGAUCUUUUACUAAUACUUGUGUAAAAGCAUUUUUUUUUUAAGGAAGAGGCUUUCCUUUUGUAAUUGAAUCAGCUUCUUUUCUACACUUACUCCCCCGAGAUGUUUACAUUCUGGAAAAGAAAAUUACCAAAUGACUUCUUGCUCUGUUGUUGUGCCUGAAUGAGACACUCACUAGGUACCUCCUUAGUAGCUGCUUUGUGUUUUCUGAU